AUGGCGCUGCGCGUGUGCUACAUGUCGGGCGAGGAGUUAACAGAGUUGACCAUGGAGGAGGAAGAUACCGUGGCCAAAGUGAAGGGUCUUGCAGAUGAGCAACUCCCCCUUGGCACAGCAGUCUGUGCUUUGCUCCUAGACAAGGAGCACCUCCAAGACACUUGCACUGUGAAGUCCCUCAUGGAGCGCAGCGAGCGCAGCGAGCGCAGCGGACUGGAACUGGUGGCUGUGACAGGACCACAGAAGCCUGAGUCGUAUGUCACCUUGGACAACGGUGGUACACCUUUCGUGGUCCGUAUCUUGUCACGUGGCAGUGAGACCACUGUCACCAUCUGCGUCCGGAAGAGGGAACAUGUUGAUACGGAGGCGGCAGGAGAGACGGAAGAACUUCAGGAGGGCAUUUGGCUCCACGAGUACGACACCUCCUCGCCCCUGAUGCGAGAUGUCCCUGUGGAGCGUGUUUUUAUUGGCAAAAGCCCGGUGAAUGCGAUGACGACCUUUAGCGGUGGCCAUGGUCCCAGAUUCGAUGGGAACUCGGUCUUGUUGAAAAGGGAGAACGACUAUGUCUUCGUCGGCGAUGAGAUUUUUUCGUUCACUGCAGCAGCAGAGAUCGUGGACUUUGUAUCUCCGGUAGGCAACAGUUCGGUGCCAUAUCCCUAUUGCGUGGAUACAGAUGGUCGCCACUACCUCAUGCUCGAAGGUGUGGUACUUGAUCAAAUUCCAGCUCUAGAAACAGGCGAAACAGGCGGCGAUCCAUAUUCUUACUGGUAUGACGCAUCUGCUGACCGAUGUGAUUUCGAGUUGUUGUGCAACGGCGCCAGGUUGCGCCUUAGUACAGCCGCCCAGUGGCAGCGCUUUCAACGACAGCACCCGCUGGCGCGCAACGAUCGAACAAUCUUCAGCGAAACCAUUGGGGACAGCGGUGAAGAAAUCCAACUGGACAGGUUCUUGGAGCGUGUGCAAUUGAUGUUGUCGAUCCAUGGUGUUUCACUCUUGCAACGGAUUGCCGCCAAGAUCUUUGACCGAGCGGCGGAGAUUGUGAGCUCCAAGGCCAAGGAGGCCAAGGAAGAGAUGGAACACCCUCACACUGCAAAAGAGAAGGAAAAGACUCCGAGCGAGAAAAAGAAGGAUGAAUAUGACAAGAUCUUUGCACAGAAGAAAGAGCCAACUUUCGGCCCACCCCACGUCCGACUGGUCGCCUCGCCUCGCCUCGCCAUGGCUCCCACGGAGAUCGCCACCAUCGCCGAGAACGAGCAUGGCAGCGCCUUUGAGGUGAAGAUCAAGAGCCCCGGUGCCGAGAAUGCGGCGAAGACCGCAGCGCGCCGCCGCCUCGAGUCCUACGCCGACACGAACCUGCCGCGGUUGUUGGGGUCCAGGAGCACGAGAACCAAGCGCUGCGAGCAACGGGCUGAUAAGGCAAGGCAGCAGAAUGAGCAGAAGAAGGAGGUCGUGGAGAAAUUGCGAGUGGACUUGGCGCAGAACGCAGAUGCCAAGCGCAAUGAUCUGGCGCAACAGCUGGAGAAAGCCCAAGGACUCCGUGAAGGUGCCUUGUCCAAUCGCAAAGAACGUGCAGCUCAGCACUACGAGAAGGUGAUGAAGAAGAAGGGCGACGCCCAGCAGCAGGUCCUGAUGACGGCGGCCGAAGCCAAGCAGCGCUUGAACGAUGCCUUGGCUCAGAAGGAGACCUUGCGCGAACAGACCUUGAAGGAGAUCACCAACCGGGCAACGAAGUACAAUGAGAAGGUGGCUCUUAAGGUACAAGAGCAACAUCAGGUCAUGGAGAGCAAGCGUCAGCAGUCGAAGGAGCUGCCUGCGGAUGAGCGUUUGAUGAACUUGAGUUUGCGUCUCUAUGAGCAUCACAUGAUGGAGCUUCAGAGUCAGUCUUGGGAAGAUGCCAGCAGUGAUGAACACAUUUACUUGAAGACCAAACCAAGUCAUCCUCCAAAAGCCCACUCGGUGUCCCAUGGAGGGAUGCCAUCGGGCAACCUCUUUAUGGUCACGCAGAAGGCCGUGAACAGCGCGCCACAGGAUCAUGAGAUGGCCAAGUGGAUCCUGAUGACCCUGUAUCUCUGCCUGGCGAUUUUGGCCGUGAGAUACGCCAGCUGUUGUUUGAAGGUGGGGUGCGCCGAGCCGGCCGAGCCAGAAAGCGGCUGGCCUGAUUUUCGAGUGUCCCGUGCUGAUGAAUUGCUUGAUUGGCUGAUUCCAAGCUUGAAGGCCCUUUGGCAUGUGAAGGAAUCUUUGGAGGACAAGAAUUAUCCGCCCUACCUGGACGGUCAAUGGCAAGUAGAUGGAACCUUGGACGGAGAUCAACAGAGUCAACAGAAGGGCGCGGAUUGGACAUGGCUCAUUGCAGCUGAUUUCUGUCAGCUGAAGAAGAUUUUGUGCGACGUGGAUGAAUCCAUGGCAGAUCUGGGCUCCAGUGUCACCACUGAGGUUAGCCUCACCAGUGACUAUGCACUGCUGAACACCAAGCAACAGGAGGAGCCGGGGUCGACGUCUGAGUCGAGCCAAGAGGUCCAUGAGUUCCAGGCGGUGGUGCUGACGGUGCAACCAGCUCCUGCUCGGUGUCCACGGUCGGCCCCACGGACGCCGCAACGCUUCGCCUUUGGCUUGGCGCGAUACGUGGCAUCGCUGCAUGUGGUGCUGGGGCAUCUCAAUGCCAGAGGCGCCCUGACACACAGUGUGUACAUGGACACGUGGGGAUACACCUGGGUGCCCUGGUUCUUCAUGCUUAGCGGUUUCAUCCUUUGUGCUGCCGAGCUCAAGAAUCCUCGACAGGAGGGGUCCGUGGAGUAUGUGGCACGCAGAUUGGUUACAAUCUAUCCGGUCUAUGCUUUUGGCCUUGUGGUCGCAGCAUUGUUGACCUCGCAAGGGCCACCCCCUUGGGUCUUAGUGCUGCAGGCGUGGUUGCUACAAGCUUGGGUGCCGGUCAUCACCGAAUGGGGUCUCCAGAUGCAGUGUUGGUUCCUGUCCUGUUUGGUGCUCUACUGGGCCAUUUUUCCCUUCUUCUUCAGGAUGAUUCAGAAGAUGUCGUUGCACCAGGUCCUUUUGGGCAUGGUGCUGGCUGUUUGCAUACCAGUCCUCUACUUGCUGAUCCCUGAUCUCUUUUACGGUAAACCGAACUGGUAUGAGCAUCAUUCGUGGGGUCUCAUGCGGGAUGGCACAGACGCCCUGGUGGUGAUGUUAAAGUUUCAUCCCAUCUGUUAUGUCCACGUCUUUCUGCUUGGGAUGUUGCUGGCACAGUUUCGAGUGCUGAUGGCUGAGCUCCUAGCUGAUGUCGAGGACCUUUGGGUUGUUGGCAUCUCGAUGGACCUUUUAGCUCCUGUUGGCUACCUUGGCCUACUGCUGGUCUUCAAUUGGCCAAUGGUCUCCCCUCCUUUCGCGAAGCUAUCGGCGCGCAUCUUUGCGCUGCUGCCGCUGCAGGCCUGUGUGGUCCUGGGCUUGGCGGGAUUGGAUUCCUUUCCAGCACCGAGGCUGGCGAGCUUAUUUUCGAGCUUUAACUUCUUAGAAUCCUACUCAUAUUGCGUCUAUGUGAUGCAGUUCAUCUGCAUGACCUUAUGGUUCGGAGAGGCACAGCGAUUGAUGGUGCGUAAGGACUUUGAUCUCAGUUUCUUCAUGUUCCUGGUGGCCACCGCAACUUUUGUGCAGCUCCUGGUGCAGACUCCGUCGGACAAACUGUGGAAAUUGUCGCCCACACAGGCGUCCUGGAUCGUUCCCACGGUGAUGUCAUUGCUGUUGGUGCUCAUCUCAACGUGGAGAUGGAGGGGCGGACAGGACCAUGUGCUGCCCGAUCUGAUUCAAGGUGAUGGUUUCUUGGAUAUCCAUCUACCGUUGCGGAUGUCAGCAGAGGACUGGAGCACCACUGGUGGAGGUGCCUUCAUCAAUCCCUCAGCCACACUGGUGGAUGAGAGUCGAUUGAUACUGGCUGCACGGCUCCACAGGCGAUCCUACCGCAAGUCCACCUUCGAGAACGGAACUCUCUUAGAGGAGAUCUGGUUCUCGCAGAUUUUCUUGGGCAGUCUAUCUUUCGACUCGGAGGAUUGGCAAGCGCUGAACGCCUCCGGUGCCAUUCCUGGUGGCCAAAUCAACAUGCGUCCUUGGGAUGGCCUUCGAAUGGUGGAUUCGAAGCCUUGGACCUAUCCGAACAUGUGCUACCGGGAGAGGUGGCUCCCCGAGAACAAGACCAUGUUGAGGUUUGUAGUCACAGGGCCGGAGGAUCCCAAGGUCUUCCCAUUGACCACAGCGGGAUCCUGUUCAAAUUCGCGGACGGAUUGUUGGUCCUUGCGAGAGCCCACGGACUGGUGCGGCAAAAGCCCAAGUCACUGCGAGACUCAAUGCAACUCCAGAUGGUGUUCCCACCAGGAGGUGCAACUGGCGUUCAACUCCUACUCUCCCAAGGAGGGAAAGAGUUGCGACAGAAGAGACGUGAGCCAAAUGUUCCUAGCUUCAGGUGUCAAUGUCAGACAUCCAGAGCAUGUGAUCCAGGGCCGGCACUUGAGAUGUGGACAAUUGGACCACAACGAAAAGAAUUGGAUUCCUUUCCAGCGGGAGGGAAAGACGUAUGUGGUCUAUUCCUUGAUUCCCCACGUGGUCCGAGAGUUGGCAGACACCGGCAGCUGCGGGCAGCAGUGGCGCAGUAUCUUCCCAAAGUUGGAAGAGAUGCAGUCGCGGCUGUUGGAGAUGGCUAUUCGCGGUUCAGCACAGGCCGUCUAUGUGAACGCGCCCAACGCGACUCCUCAUUUGCCACGGCCGCACUACUUGGCACUCUUCCAUGCUGCGGAUCUAAAGGUGCGUCGCUAUGCGCACUACGCGUAUCGCUUCUCGCCGAAGCCGCCCUUCCAGAUCCUGCAGGUCUCCAAGGUAUUGCCACUGGAGAUGCUUCCAGCCAUGCCAGGGUGUGGAGACCUGUGGCCCGUGUUGAACUGGGGUGCCUUGGUGAAAAGGAUCUUGAAGAUCCGAAAGUUACAGAGGUUGUUCGCCUUUGUGGGGCCAGUAGACCCCAUGGUGAUGAUGGCGCAAAUGCUCCAACAAAUGCAUGUGGCCAACCAGAACACCAUGCAGCUGAUCCAACAGAAUCAGCAAGCAAUGGAGGCCAGAGACGCAGCGAUGAGGCAAGCUUUGUGCGCGCAGAGAGAAGAGACGACUGAGUCCGUGAGAGUGUUGAGUGAGUCCUUGGCAAAGCUGGCACCCAAGGACAAGUCAGGAGUGGUCGAUGUUAAAGGAGUCGGCAAACCUGAGGUGCUCCAAGGCGAGACAAAAGAGCAAAUAAAGCAGAAGUGGCCUCUAUGGUCAUUUGGUUUCACGACGUGGUUCGUAUCCCAAUACGAACAAGCAGAUGAGAUGUUGAAGUGGGCGGCAGCCUACAACGGAGUCGUGGAUGAUCGGGCGAUAGAGCUUGAAGUGGCCACCAGGCCAGGAUGGGAUGAUGCUGCUCGAGUGAACCGGCAGCUACACACGGCCUUGGUGUCCUUGACCAAGGGUGAGACUCUGUCUAUCCUACGCAAUUCGUUAGCCCAAAGUGGACUUGAUGGAUGGAGGCGACUUAGUCGAGAGUACGAGCCACAGACCGCGCAGUCCAACUACCACUUGUUGGCAAAAGUGUUGAGGCCUACAAAGGCCAAGGACUUGUCGAGCCUACGUGGAGCUAUCGAGACGUGGGAACGUCUCUACACUCAGUACCAAGAGAGGACCAGUGACGCGUUGAGCGAUCCCACUCGUCGCCUAUGCCUUCAGUCUUUGUGCCCUGACUCUCUAGCUGAACACCUGGACUUACACGCAAGCAGACUCGCGAGCUACGAUGCUAUGAGGGCUGAGAUCGACACGUACUUGGACAUCAAGACGUCGGUUCCCAUGCGCAAUCCGGACGCCAUGGAUGUUGACUGUUGGGACAGGACCGGAAAAGGCAAAGGAACUGGCGGAAAGAACGGAAAAGGCAAGAAGUCUGACGGCAAAGGCAAAGGGUCCUGGAAAGGAUCCAACAAAGGUAAAGAUUCCAAAGGCAAAGGAAAGCCUGGGAUUAAGUCUCUGGAAGGAGAGGCGCAGGACUCCAAAGAAAAGGGUGCUGAGGCUGAAAUCCAAGCGAUUUUCGUCCUGGAGGAGAGCAAGCCUAAGUCCGACGAGGAAUCCAGUAGAGGAAAGUCCACCGGUGAAGGCCGAGGAAAAGGAACUGGGUCAACCGAGGCGUUUAUCCGCUCUCUCCUUACCAACCUGAAGUCGGUGGAAGCGCGAGAGAUUCACCGAGCCAAAGUCGAGCUGAGCAAAGGAGGAUCCGACGAGGAUCGUCAACGGAAGUUGGAGGAGGAAAUCGCGGCAAGAAAGCAACAGCUUGAGGUCCUGAAAGGACGGAGUGCACGCUUCGAAGAAGAUCCACGGUACCGACAGGACAUCCGCGCUGGCCACAGCGUGCGGCUGUCCAAGCGAAAAUGGAAAAGCCGCGUGCGAGCGGCAAAGCACCGUGCGGAAGGGUCCACCGAAAGGGCCUUUGAAAGAAAGGAGCUUGACAACAAAUGGCACGCCAAGUUCCGCGGUUCGACCGAGGAUGUCGAGUGGAAAGCUGGAGUGGACACUCGCCGCCAACACCAGAUCGACCGAUACGGAGGUCGGUUCGAAGGAGACCGGGAGGACUUGCGGCCUGACUUGGUGAUGAGGGCUCUGAACUAUAAGGAGCGGAAGGAGUUCCGCCAGGAGGACGAUGAGCCUCUGGAAGAAGUCAAGGUUCGCAAUUGGUCCAGACCGCAAUGGAUGAAGCGCAACACAGCCGAGGCCAAGCACAAACACCUCAAGAGAACGGGUUGGAGACUCAGCCUGUUGCGGCAACGGAGCAAGGCUAAACGGGCGAAGUUAUGGAAGGAAGGUGCCCAUGUCCGCGCACGGAAAGGGUCGCUUCGACCGCUUCCGGCGGACAAAGGGUCCACGAAGAGAGAGCCAGACUUCGAGUUGCUCGCAGACCAGGCCUGGGCCAGAAAGAAGGCCAGGAUUGAGGAGCCGAACCUGGAAAACCUUGCAGACGUGGCUUGGUCCAGGAAGGAGAUCAAGACCCUGUCGCAAAAUCUUGAAUCGGCAGAAGACGACCAGGAAGCCGCUGAGAUCGAAGAGGAGAUCAGGGUGCAUGAGGCCAAAAUUGCAUCUUUGAUGCCGAGCAACGAGCAGAGAGACGAGCCACCAUCCACCGCAUGUGGGAGCCGAGACGUGCCCUGCAACGACUAUGAGGAGGUGGUUGUCGAAGAGGAGCCUGUGGUUGGACAACCCGACGUCUCUGAGGAUGACGAUGAGACUUGGGGGAAAUGGAAACCGAGUCAAUGCUUGGUGGACUUGGGGUUCUCCAAACAGGAGGCCCAUCAUUUGGUGCGCCACUACCGUGACGAGGGCUCCGUGGAGAGCCUUGAGAUCUUCAGCGUGGACGAGCCGGCAAUCGACGGCGAAUGGGAAAAGGUCUACGUCACUGUCGACAGUGGAGCUGCUGUUACUUGCUUUCCGGAAUCCCUGGUCCAAGGUUACCAAGUGGGUGAUCACUCUGGGCCAAAGCAGUAUACCAGUGCUUCAAACCACGAAGUGACGGCGUUGGGAAGCGCCAGCCCUGUGAUCUGCUUUGAAGAUUGGCAGGUCAACAAGGUCGAGGCUGUGGUGCUGUCCCCUCUGAAGAGGCCGUUGUUCAGCACCAGCCGAAUGGUUGCGGCCGGAUGGAGGAUUGUCCACGACAGUGAAGAGAACGGAGGAUCAUUUGCCUUGCAUCGGGCAAGUGGAAGGAAGUUGAAGAUGAUCGUCAUGGGCGGUGUCUACAAGCCGAGUGAGUCAUCAGAAGGAAAAGUUUCACCCAGCCAUUUUGGCCAAUCCCACGGACCGGAUCGUUUCGAUCGUGUCCGAAAUUCUGACAUUGCACCAGUGGAAGGAGAAUUCGAAGAGGAAAGCCUUGUGCCUUCACCAAGUGUAAUGGAGGAUGAAUCGCAUCCGCCGCAGCAAGGAGAACCAGCAGGCGAGUAUGAGGAAACCGAGCCUGGGUUUGAAGUGGACGAAGAUGAGGCUCAAAGUGCAGGUGUCCAAAAGACCCCGAGUGUUGACGAACAGCAAAUUCCCACCAUAUCGGUGGAUUACUGUUUCAUGGGCGAUUCGGCCACAAGAAGUGCAGAUUUGCCUGUGAUAGUGGUCCGGGACAGAAGGACCAAGUCGGUGUGGGCACACCCUGUGCCUUCCAAAGGAGUUGAAAAUCCCUUCGGAGCCAACCAGCUGUUGAAGGACCUUGAGUCCACAGGGUACAAGCGUGUCAUCUUGAAAGGUGACCAGGAAAGCAGCGUUCAAGCUAUGCUGCAACGAGUUAAGAAUGGGUUCCAAGGGGAGUGCGUCCUGGAAGAGGCGCCUGUGGAAGCUCACGAAAAGGCCAACGGAGAAGCGGAGAGGGCCAUCCAAAUGGUCCAAGGAAUGGCAAGAACCCUGAAGGAGUUCGUGGAGUACCACGCCGAGGUCGAGUUGAAAGCUGACCAUCCUGCACUCACUUGGCUCGUGGAACAUGCAGCCACUCUACUUACUCUCUACCACAAGGGAGUUCCAAAGGAUGGAAUGACUGCCUAUCAGAGGAUGAAGGGCAAGCCUUGGAGGGUACCAAUCCCUUCUUGGGGUGAACUCGUGGAGUUUCGACUUCGCGGUCGGUCAAAAAUGGAGUCGCGAUGGCAGCCAGGUAUCUUUGUGGGGAUUAACCGUAACUCUACAGAGAAGGCAGUGGCUACCCCCGAAGGAAUUCACUGGGUAGUUAGUCUGCGAAGAAAACCGGAGUUGGCCCGGUGGGAUGGUGCCAUGUUGAAAAAGAUCAGGGGAGUACCCUGGAACCCGGACGGUUCCGAGAGUGAAAGGUUGGACAAACCCUUGUCCUUAAAAGCAGAAGUUCCAGAGGUCGACGUUCGGGAGCCUGAGCCGUUUCGGCUCGAGCCCGCGAGUAGGAACUUGUACAUAACCCAAAAGAACCUUGAGAAGUUCGGCUACACAGCCGGAUGUCCAGCGUGCGACAGUGCACGAGUCGGUAAGAGGAAGCCCGGAAUAGCUCACAGUGCCAGUUGCCGGAUUCGACUGGAGAAAGCGGUCUCUGAAGACCCCGUGGAGAAGGAACGAUACGAUCGAGCCUUGCUGAAGGCGGCGGAAGCCGAGUUAGCUGCAGCGCAGAAGCAAAAGGAGGCUGAGAAAGCGGAAGCCGUGGUGGUCGACCAGAAGGAAGCUGGUGGAGCUGAGGCAUCAUCAGCAUCGGAUCCUUCGAAGUCUGGAAGGAUCGGACCUGCUCUAACGGCAAGGGCCGCUUCGGCCGCUGCCGGAGAAGAGGUUAGCAGUCCCAAGAGGUCAGUGGAGACUGGCCCAAUGACCGAAGAGAGGUCCCCGACUAGGAGGCGAGCCACAGAAGGCAGCCCCUCCAAGAGAAAGCAUGAGGGAGGAGGCGAAGAAGAAAUUGAAGCGUCGCAAGAGGCGCGUGUGGUCGACACUCGCGUGAUCGACACAGAAGCCUCGAUCAAUGAGUUGAUUGAGAUGCACCACGAUGAGUGCGUGUGUGCCAUAAUCGAUGAGGCAACAGAGCGGGGAGAGACCCGACCGGUGUGUGAAGAGCCAGAUUUCUUCGAAGCUCACUUCGAAGAAUUCUAUGACGAUAUUUCCAGGAGAGAACUAGACCCCGACCGGGUGGUCAAAGCCAGGAAAGAGGAAGUUGACUUCAUACGCAAGAUGGGCGUGUGGCAAGAAGUGGACAGACCCCGUGACAAGCCAGUGCUGAAAGGCAGAUGGGUCGACAUCAACAAAGGUGAUUCCACCAAUCCCCGAUACCGUUCGCGGUAUGUCGGCAAGGAGAUAAAGAAAGGCAGCAAGGGUGCCUUGGUAGCCGAUUUCUUUGCGGCAAUGCCACCUCUCAGUAGCUUCAAAUUGCUGCUGACGCUCGCUAUGGUGGAUCGGUUCUUCGGUGUGGAUGGGACGGUUCGUCCUCGCACCGAGCCGUGGGCACCGGCCUUUGCUUUUGCCUCCGGCCUGGUAGUACAUGACCAGCAGGCGGGACUCGGACCUUUUUGA